GUCCCUCCCGAACCGGCCGACGGUGAGCCGUCGGAAGAUGCCGGGGGAGGGCGAAGAGGAGUACAAGCAGCUGCAGAAGGGCGGGAAGGAGGCCGACAAGGUGUUCAUCCACACCAUCACCAGCCAGUUCCAGACCAUCCUCGGCAUCACGCUCAUCGAGAUCCUGUCGAAGCACUCCUCCGACGAGGUGUACCUCGGGCAGCGCGACACGCCGGAGUGGACGUCGGACGCCAAGGCCCUGGAGGCGUUCAAGAGGUUCGGCACCCGGCUGAUGGAGAUCGAGAAGCGCAUCCUGGACAUGAACAAGGACCCGGCGCUCAAGAACCGGAACGGGCCGGUGAAGAUGCCCUACAUGCUGCUGUACCCCAACACGUCGGACGCCGGCGGCGAGAAAGGGCUGGGCCUCACCGCCAUGGGCAUCCCCAACAGCGUCUCCAUCUGAGCUGAGCGAGGUCCUUUAAUCUGAACAGCGUCUCGUUCAGUAGAUUGGUUGGUUCGUGUCUCGCGUGCAGGGUGUAUUGUGUUCCUUUAAUCCUUCUCAUCAUUCGCUUCUGGGUGGUUGCGGUAAUUAGUUGCGAGGGAUUAGUAGAUGAUGGCAAAUGAUGAUCGUAGAUGAUGUUGAUAGGGAGAGAACAAUGAGGCAUGAAUAAGCAGUCGUGUGUGCAUUCUUUUUA